AUACAUUCGCGCUCGCGUUCUAUCGUCAUAAUUCCUAAUUUCUUAUAUCUUACAGAAAUUAUUGGUCUAUACUCGAAAACUGUCCGAAAAGUGGUGCAAGAGUGGUGAAAAGUGGUGGCGAAUGUGCAGCCGCGCAGUCCAAUGUCAAGGACAUUUGCGUUACGUUAACGAUCAGUGUAAAUAAUAGAUGUGCUCUCGAGCUAUCAAAUAAGAACAUAUAUCGACAUAAUCAUAGAGAACUUGCAUUGUCGGUAAAAAAAAAUUAAAAUUCGCCAGAAUGUCGUACUCGAAUAAACGGGCGCUCGCAGCUUCGGUAUUCUGUUUGUGGCUUGUUCUGUGUGUUCAAAUCUCCGUUGUGCGAUCGGCAUUGCAUUCGCGUGCGCUAUCAUCGGUUGCUAGUGGCAAUACCAAUGCCAUUGGCGAAGGCGAGACAGAGACGGAGGAGGCCGAGUCAAUUGCGGCUAAUGAUCCAAGCUAUAAAAAGCAACAGCCUACUCGGCAGAGGUCAAAUGUCAGUGCGAAAAGGGACUUUUCAGAAAAAAUGUCUUGGCAAUGUGCUAAUAAUGCGAGUUGCCUCCAUACACUAGGCACUGACAUGUUGCAAGCUUACAGGCACGGCGAGACCAUUAGCUUGGGUUUCAUGGAUUUGGUAAAGUUGCCACCAGUGGGCGAUAAGGACAAAGAAAAAUUGGGUGGUGCCGCAACGGGUCGAGGCAUCUCGAGUUUCGUUGAUUUUAUUAGUGGAAAUGCUAUACGUAUACCAGUUGGGCCGAUGGUGUUCAGCGUGCAACGUGCAGAGGAUGAUGGGAAUUACAUUGAAAUUGCGUUGCUGAAGAAGGCGAGCGGCAGUCAAGGUCGAGGUGGACUUGGCGGUGGUGGCCUAGGCGGCGGUGGUGGAGGGGGUGGAGAAGGUCUUCUUAGCAGUUUAGGUUCAGGUAUUGGCGGUGGCAACGGUGGUGGGGGUCUGAUUGGUGGUGGAGGUAAUGGCGGUGGCGGUGGUCUUCGUGGGCGGUUCCGCAAACAGAAACAGGAAAAGGACAAAAAGCAAUUCCAAAUGUACAUACCAAUGUAUUUGGCCGCAACCACGUUUGGAUGGACCAUGGUAGCUGCAAAAGCAGUCGGUUUGCUGACACUCAAAGCAUUAGCCGUCUCCAAAUUGGCAUUUAUUGUAGCGGCAAUGGUUAUUGUGAAAAAGCUAAUGGAUAAUGCCUCGGAAAAAAUGAUGUAUCAAUUCCCUGAACACACACCCUACAUGAUGCCAUACAGCAUGGAUUAUGGCAUGCAUCCCGAAAUGGCGUCGGGUGGUGAAAUGUAUCCUGCCGCAUUGCAAUUAGCCGCUGCCCCCAUGCAACACCACGGCGUCGGGCACUCAGGUAUCGAAAAUCUCGCUGCGGAAAGCAGUUUACAUCACAAUAUUGCCGAUAUGCAAAACAGUACACAGGUGUUGGCUGCGCUGAAUGCGGUACAUCUGGGACCAAAAGUAAAGCGCGAGGACUCCUGGUUGGGAAAGACAGCUGCAAUGGGAGUGGGUGUCAGACGGCCGCUAGUUUACAACUAUGUACAACCGCACCAUCCGUAUUACCGCGCAUAAAAACAACGAUCUGCUGCCUGAAUCACGCCACUCUUAAGUAAUCUGCAACUCCGUUUUGUUAUGUCUUUUUAGAUUGUAAUUACAAGUUAUAUUUGUAAUUUAUUUACCGUAGAUUUUUAAAGCAAUCAUAUAAAAAUGUGCUGAAAAUACAAAAAAAAAUAAUAAUCAUAAUAUAGAAGUAUGCGUCUUUCUAAAAGAUUUAAACUAAAUGCUAAUACAGAAAACUGUUGGACACACAUGCGUCAAAAAUUAGUUCUUUUUAUAUUACAGAACAAGUUAUACUAAAUAAAUGCAGUUUAGCAAGAAAUGCUACAAAAUCUAAAAAAAAAACAAAAAAAAAACUUUUUAAUCUUAAGAUUAGCCUUACAUACGUUAAAGCAACUGAAACGAAUUCUAAAAAUAAGUACUUGUAGGAUAAGUAAUCUGCCCUGUGUUGCCAGUUCGAUGGGAAAAAUAGCCCUCGAAAGAGAUUACGUUUUUGUAUUUGUUGUUAUUUAUGAAAAGUAUUUCUUACCCUGGAGUUGUUAAACCUUUCGAUUUUUAAUUUGUUUACGAAUGUUUAGAUUAACUAA